AUGCCGACGCCCCGCCGACGCCAGGCCGGGCUGCUGCUGCCGCUGCUGCUCCUCCUGCUGGCCGGACGCGCCGCCCUGGCGCAGCGUUGGCACAAUGAAGAUUACGAACGGCCCAUUGACCUGGAAGGCUCUGGAGACGACGACUCCUUUGAAGAUGAAGAAAUCGAGGAACCAGAUGAGAUCUACUCAGGCUCUGGCUCAGGAUAUUUUGAACAGGACUCUGGGAUUAAGACGGCCGUGCGGCUUACCACGGAAACGUCUGUCGGACUUUCUACAACCCCGGCAGUGUUGCCCGUCACGUCGGUACAGCCUGUAGCCACUCCCUUUGCGCCGUUCCCCAUGGAGGAGACCACCUACGAUCCAGCCACCACCAGCCUCUACGUAACCAGGGUGACUGAGGCACCAGCGGUCACUGUGUGGAAAGCGGUCACCACCACGGCUGGCACCACGGUCCGUGACACUACCGCCACCACAGCCUCCGCCACCACUGCCUCCACCCCAACUGCCGCUUCCAAGGCAACGACUGUCCUGAGAGUCCUGCCUCCCUUUAUCACCAUCGUAGCCACAACGCAGGCUGUCACUCUCGAAACACCGACCACAGUGGCUGCAGCACCCAGUACGGAAGCCACCACAGCUCCUCCGGUGACCACCAGGUCGACAAAGAUCAGAGUGAUGCCAAAGCCGAGCCCAUCACAACACCCUGACAUCCUUGAGAGAAGCACUACGCUGCCACCACCUACGAGUACAACCGCGGCACCUUCAGAAUCAACCCAGACAGAGCCUCCGGAUGUGACCCUUUCCACGGCGCUGAAUAACGAACUGGAAGUCCCCGUCAGCGGAGAUUUUGAAAUCCACGAGGAGGAGGACACGACUCGGACUGAGCUCGGUAACGAGGUGGUUGCCCUGGUUACCCCGGCGGCAGGGCCAGGGCUGAAGAAGAAUGCCGAGCCAGGGCUCAUAGACAAUACGAUAGACUCCGGAAAUUCUGCCGCACAGCUUCCUCAGAAAAACAUACUGGAGAGGAAAGAGGUGCUCAUAGCUGUGAUCGUGGGUGGGGUCGUAGGAGCCCUCUUUGCCGCCUUCCUGGUGAUGCUGUUGAUCUACCGGAUGAAAAAGAAAGACGAGGGGAGCUACACGUUGGAAGAGCCGAAGCAGGCGAGCGUCACAUACCAAAAACCUGACAAGCAGGAGGAAUUCUAUGCAUAAAAUAAACCAUGAGUGCCUCGCC